UAAUUUCAUGUGCAAUUCAAUUCAAGCUACCUGUUGAAAGCUUGUCACUCGCUUUGCAGUCUCAGCCGUACAACAAUGACUCAUACCAUCAUCCAUGCUCAUAAACCAACAAAAAUAAGAACAAACAUUCGCACAGUUCAGAAAUGAGGGAUCGGGACAAAACUAGUCUUUAAAUACUAACACAUCGUGCUUUUCGUCAGACAAGUUGACCGUCCAAACAUGGGCCCUUAUCGUGAACAUUUUGGCGACGACGACAAUAAAGAUGUUGUCGAUCCACCGACCGACUGCGCACGCAUAAACGGUACGGACAUCGUGAUCAUUGUCCUCGCAGUCUUCGGUUCUGUCUUCUUGUUGGCCGUCAUCACCUGUAUUCUGAGGUGCAUAUGCAGAAAGUGGUUCGGGAGGAGCUGCAGGAUUGUCUGGGAGACAGACAACCUGUCUAACAGUUACAGGGUGGACAAUGACUUUGAAGAUGUUGUGAUAUGUGAUUCCCAGCCGCGCGGAAGGGAAAUGUUCGGCUUCAACAGGGGGUUCACACCGGCAACAGACAACCCCAUCUAUACUAUUCCACGGCCAAAAAUAUCUGGAGACCAAGGUAUGUUUCUUGAGAACUGGGAAUUUGGAAAAAGGCUACAGCCCAGGAUAGAAGAUACAUGCUCGGGUCAGUACAGGUACACCUAUGAUGGACAACUUAGAUCACCUCCAGUUGCAAACUCAUCGUCCGUGACGCUCAGGACGAGCGAAGGUGAAGCAUCAUUCCUGAAGGACCACCAGCUUCAGGAGUUACAGAGAGCCGGGAUGACGAGGAGUGAGACCAUCAUGGUCGGCAGCAAACUGGUGGUCUUCAUCUCUCGUGAAGUGAGUCACCUCGGGGAUACCCUGGUUCUGACAGACAUGGGCAUCUCUCUGACAGUCCCACCCUAUGCCAUUGAGGCCGGGCGCACCGAGCUCAUUUCCCUCAUCCUUGACUGGGAUCUAGGAGAUUUUCCUGAGAUGACGGACGAGGAGACAAUCAUCAGCCCUGUUGUGCACUGCGGCCCCCACGGACUGAAACUGAACAAACCCGCUGUUCUGAGUUACAAGCAUUGCGCUUACGAUCGCGGAGACGUGUCCUUGGUGGCUAGCCAGACACACCUGAUGCAGAGCAAGGACUGGUAUCAGGUGUGUGAGAGAGAUGACUACAACAAACCGUACACCCUGUUAACAAAUGAGGUUCAAAUCCAAAUUUCUCACUUUACACUGUACACCUGCUUGGCCGAUGGAAAAACAGCUACCAAGAAGUGGAUGCAACUAGCAGUGUUUGGGGGUAAAAUGCGGCCCAAACGUCAUUACGAGAUCCGCAUCUACUUUUUGAAUAACACACCGUGUGCCCUUCAGUUUGCCAUCCAGAACGAAGCCAAAAAUCACUUCAGGCUGCUGUGUCCUCGUAAGGAGUUCCUGUUUCACGGUGACGGGAAGGAUACCGUAGCCACUGUUGAACACAUCAGCGAGGGAUGGUCCCAUCGACUGGACGACCGACGAGAACUAGUGCCGUUCUUGAGCUUGUGGCACGGAAAAUGUCCUAGUGUCUCGUUCAUCUUCAAGCAUGAGAACGAACACGUGCGAGAUAUCGACAUCAGACUUUCAGUCUGUCAGCGAGACAGGGAAGAUAAAGAAUCAGAGAAGACAAACUUAAAAGUUCUCGCUUCCAUGAGGUCGCCACCCUCGAAACACGACUCUGACAGGAGCAUUGGAAAAACUGGCACGGUUAUCAAAGUGUUCCCGCCAAGCAGACGUAGCAAAAGAAGACGGUUCGAUAGUGAGAGCGGUAGGAGCCAUUCAGACAGCUUCCGUUCAGCGUCAACCGAGGCUACGUCGUCCUCUGAAUCCUCCUGCACGUCCUCGUGCUCAACGCUUCCCACUUCUGACACCAGUUCGAACAUAGAUUCAAAAUCUGAAUCCGAGGACCAGGUCACAGGGUCGCAGAACUGUGUCCAGAAUAUGCAAAUACAUAUUCACCAAUCACCCGACAACCUUCCCCGUGUUACCACCCAGCGGACUAUUCCACACGAACUGUGCAUGGAGUUGGUCGUGCUUCUAGACCCCCUUGCCCCCUUGGGCAACGACUGGAGGGUGCUUGCGUCCGCACUGGAAAUGGACUGUCUCAUCCCUCUCCUCAAGAGUACACCGUCGUAUAACCCCACCGAAACCCUUCUUGAAGAGGUUGAGCGCCAGACUAAAGGCCUUGAGUGGAUGGCCUCCGUUAUGAUGAAGGCGAAGAGGCUUGAUGCAGCAAACGUCAUCAUGAAGUAUGCAGAUACUCCGGGCAAUUCUUGCGCUCGAAACGAAUCCUAAAGGGUUGUUUUAAAUCAAGGUAAUUCAUUCACACCCCAUGUUUGCACUGGUAAAUGUUGAGGACUGAGGGCACUGAAUUUAAUACAUAUAGUAUAGAACGAAAUAUGUCUUCAAAUCUGGGUACACUGGACUGCAGAUGAUUCAUACAUCCAGAUUCGCGAGUUGCUCGUCAAAUGGUGCGACCGAAGUUUAAAACCCACACACGUUGUUUUUCCUGUUGGAGGAAUAUGUAUGUAAAGAUUCAGCAUUUUCAGCUGACAAUGCAUAUGGCAUGCUAUGUACAAUACUGAUUCAAACUAAAUCAGGAUUUUUACCUCGACUUAGGAAGUGAAUAAAUUUGUUGUUGUUAAGAUUUACCCAGAAUUACUUUCAUUUGGGCAGUUCAAUUUCGGAAAUAAGUUCUUUUAAGUGUGUGUAAAGACUAGUUUCAUUUCAGUUACUUAAUCGGUUGUGUUGUAUAGGGGGAAUGUAAGAAUCACAUACAUUCAGAGCGAGUUGUUUAAAUAAUAUUGUGAAAUGUUCAACUUCUUCUUGUAACAUUUAGAAUAUGUCAGGUAGUGGCUUCACUUGGGUAUAUUUCGCAGGCCACUUUUAGGGCCCUAAUUUUCUGUAAGGGCACUCAAUCGGUUCCGUCACAGUAAAAAAAAAAAUGGCCAAGAGAAGAUCGACAACCACCAGAUUAAUUUUCUUCUCUAAUUUCUGAGCGGAGGCAAACACGGGGGGGGGGCUUGAGCCUCCCCCGUUAUGCCACUGUGUAUUUCACAUAUUCAUUCGGGAAGGGAUUGUUGCAAAAGUAAUUGUACGCAGAGAAUGUUGUUAAUUUCUGAUUGCAAUAAUGGCAUCACCAGAAUACGGUACAUCGUUGCAACCUUGUUCCAGGAAAUAUCCUCAAGCGAAGACACUGAUGUGUUUUUUAUAUUGUAGCGUGGCUAUCUUUCACUAAAUUAUUUGAAGUUAUAUAUUUUCCCAUUUGCAUAGGUCAGACUUCCUAAUAAUGCUUGUCUACAUUAGGGGUGCUAAUAAACAACUCGUGCGAAGAGUUAUGAACGAAA